UUAGAGCUGAUAACUGCACUGGAUACAGUCAACAAUAACUUGAAACUUUCAUUAACACAGUUCCAAAGUUUUACAGCUUCUGGCAUUAACGAAUCUCGUGCGGACAUUUGAUUCACAUAUCCAUAUUUAUAUUUAAAGCUUCAAUACCAAUAGGAUUUCAUAAACGAUUUUUUUUCUUAAGAGAAAAGGAAAGUAGACAAAGAAAUUCCACUCAACCUUUCUACAGUCUCAAUGACAAUGUACACAGUCUAUCAAGUCUCUGUGCUCUGCCUGGCAAUGAUAUGGCUGAGCAGUCACGUGAUGUGUAAUGAAAAAAUCAAAAACAUGGACGGAUCAUUCUUCAUGACUAAACAAUUACGCCAUACCUACCGACACAUGAUAGUGGACAGGUCAGGAGACAAAUAUUCAAACUGGAUUGAAGCGUCGGAUGUGAAGAUAGAGAAUAACGUCACAAGUACCUGCCCCUGGCGAUUUCGUCUCGUCUGGAACCCAAACAGAGUCCCAGAGACCUUUGUGGAGGCCGAAUGUCUAGCUCAGCAGUGUCUCAAUAUAACAUCCACACAAGGGACAGCAGCUGCUUUGGCCAAACAAGAUUUCCAGAGCGAUACAAAGUGCUCAAAAGUGGAGUACGCCCGAUGGAUCCAGGAGAAAUAUCGCAAACGUAACGGAAAGAUUGGUCUGAGGAAGCGACUGAUAAUGAUCAAUGUCGGCUGUACAUGUAACCACAAGAGCUACGUCGAUGUAAAUAAUUAAAUCGACACUUAACCGGACUGACCACAGGAAGGAACCAUCGCCUGACAUCCUCGACUCUCACUCGGACUGAACAAUCGCCUGACAAACUUAGGAUGUGAUCCCGCCAAGUAAAAGAUCGGUGUGUUGAGCGGAAGUGCUAGGCAAUGUCUAGAGGGACACUAGUUUAAAAAGGCAUUGCAUUAAAAAGUAUAUUUUAGAGUAUCAAGCUUAGAUUGUAAUCUUGUACACACUUUAAACAUAAAACAAAAAAUAAGGCUUGAGAGUCCAAAGGUUACGUAAAAGUUAUAUUAUUAAGAUCCAGCAGUAACGUCCAAUGUAUUUUUUCGCAUUUAACUCAUGUUACAUUACAACAAUAAGAUUAUUAAUUAAUAUAUGUUAGCAUAAUGUAUUAUCUUACGAGAUUUCACUGCCUUAAAAUGCAUUUAUAAGUCAACCCACGCCCAUGAAGUGACACAUUUGCACAUCUUUAAAACUAUUAUGUAGUUAAUAGUUUGCGUUGCCAUUUUGUUUCCUCCCUAUUCAGAAUCUAAACUGAACACAAAGUUUGAUAUUUGAUCAUUUUAAGUAUUUGAACAACUAAAGCAAAUAGUUUCUUCUUCCCUUCAUUCUCGCCUGACAGUUCAACAUCGUCUAUUGCAGUUCGAUUAAGAAAAGAAGGAUGCUAAUUUUACAAUAAGUUACAUUUCAUUAAGACUUUGUACAUGCACUUAGAUACAGUAUCUGAUUGGUGCGCGUGACAUGGUGCUGUUCUUUUCUCAUUCUUUUCUCUAUCAAUCUCUCUCCAUCCUCUGCUAGUUAAACUCUAGAACUAGACAAAGAGAGAGGGGCGGUCUUAUCCUCAAUUGUAUUCCUUCCCUCCUCUUGCGUUGUCUUAUGUGUGCUCAUGUUAAUGUCCAGUUGAGAUUACAGCGCAUUUCUUUGCCCUCACCCAACAGCCACUCAUUCUAUUGGUAAGGACAAGGAAUUGGCUAGAUCUUAGCGAUUGAAAAUGUACACACUCUAUUAGGUCAUAACACGAUUCGCUCAUGGGGUUAAACUCGCCCGGGUUGCCCAAUGUUAUUUUGUAAAUCCCAUAUCCGUAUAAAUAGAACUAUGAUAUCGUUCCCGUGAUAACUGUAGCGUGUCUGCACUAUUCAUCCGUUCCUAGUCGUCAGUCUCGAACGGACCUGCAGCCGCAAUGCCAUUGUAUUUAUAUUUGAUUUUACUUGAGCUCAAAUGUUGAUAGUAUAUGAAUGUUGGAUGUGUUAGAACUAUGCCUCGCUGGGGGCAAUGCUCUGUUGUGUGUUCUAGCCAUUACCUUAGAAUCUUGGUGCUAUGCUUUAAAAUGAGAAUUUAUUUAUUCGUUGUUUUUUUAAGGGAAAACAUUUUUGUCUUAGUGACACACCCCCCAAAAAAAAAAUAAAAAAAUAAAAAAUGUGGAGAUUUUGCGUUGUCCACUUCGCUCAGCCCUUUGUAAUUAGAUGAAGUCCCCUUUGUUGUAAAAAGGGAGAAAUAGAAAACAAGGGCACAGAACUAGGACAGCCUAAGCGCUACCCUCCAUAAGGCAUUAUGGGUGUGCCACUCAUUUCCCUACCCUCGUUCAAAACCAGAGUUGUGAUUCUAUUAAUUAUUAUAUAUUUUUGACCCAACAUGUAAUCAAUAUAUAAUCUGGAAAUAUUUAUUUAUUAUAUUUAUAUCGAUGUUUAUGCUUUGAAGUAUUUUCCUGCAUUUCUGUUCCAUUAAAGUAGAUAUAGAAUUGAUUUUAUUUGAAAACGUAUACAAUCAUAUCACUAUACUAACGAGAUGUACAGCUGUUUUCUUUAAGACGCCACUAAAACUUCAGUGUCCAUGUUUAGACUUUAACUUCUUCACUUUAAUUUGCAGAAUUCAUUUUAAUUUCCCCGGCGCCUUGCUACAAUAUCAUAAAGAAGCCAAACGUAGUAUAUUCCUGUAAAUACACUAACGAAUAUGUUUAUUUAUCUAAGCAUGAGUUUCAAUGACUAAACAUUGUGACCUCCAAUGUUUGAAUAAAGAAUGUACCAUAGUAUCACAUUUUAUAACGUAGACAAACUGGUAAAUGAAAAGAUUUAUGUGGUCGUAAUUUGGCCACAGACUCCAGUCUUUGUAGCGAUUUCUAAAGUUAUAUUGUUACUGAGUUCAGUGCUUUAAUUCUAAGAUAUUUCCACUGUAACAGCACCCAUAUUUUUGUUAGUAAGUCAAAGCAAUACAUUUUGUUUGAGAUGAAUUCUUGUCCUUUGUAUUGGUUUCUAGUUAAUGUUAUAUCCUUUCAUUCCAUUUAGUAAGGACAUUUAAGAUAUGACAUUUGCUGUACUACUAUUUCCAAUGGUAGAUCUCAUGUCUGUACUAGAAUAGUUAUAACAAAUAUAUGUAGGGUUGGGUCUUUUCGUUUUCAUUUUAACACAUGAACAAAAUAACACUUUAACAUGCACCUGAACCAACGUAAGAAAGUUCAAGUCUGUAGAUUGUUCAUCUUGCAACUUUUUGAACACCAUUUCUGCCCGACUUUGUACACAACAUUUUAUUUUUGUUGUCUGUGAUUUAUAGCACAGGGGAACAAUUCUACCUUAUGCUAUUUAACCUGAUUGAAAUCCAGAAAAAUCUCAACUCAGAAUGUAUUCAUGUUUAUAUAACCUAUAUUUAUUACAUUAAAACUUUGGCUCUGGUAUUAUGAGUCAGUGCAGUAAGUAUGCCAUGUUGGCAGAUUAUAAUGUACAUACAUUUUUUUUAUAAGGAUUAUAGUGAUUCAAUUUAUUUUGAUAUGGUGCUCAGACAUUUGUAUGCUUCAUUACUUAUUUGUUCAGGCUCUGCUUACGAAAUUGUUCAGUUUUUAGUUUUGCCUGUACAUUUAAAUGUUCAUUGUGAUUGUGAUCUUAUAAAUGCUGCAAUAUAUUUGAACACAAUUUUUUUUUUUUUGCUAUGUACCACGUGGUUGUGACUU